CUAAAAACCCUCUCUUCACCGAACACACUUUGGCUUUUCUCUAUCAUCAGUCGCAACCGUCUGUCGACUUUUGAUACCCAACAUCAUCUACCGGGCCCUUUCCGUUUUUGAAACCAUUUUUUCUCCUUUUAUUCUCGCAUAAAAAUCGCCAUGGCUGACCAGGCCCCACCAACCUUUAAGCUCGUCCUUGUUGGCGACGGUGGUACUGGAAAGACCACCUUCGUCAAGCGCCAUCUUACUGGCGAGUUCGAGAAGAAGUACAUCGCAACUCUCGGUGUCGAAGUGCACCCUCUCACUUUCACCACCAACUUGGGAACUAUUCAGUUCGACGUAUGGGAUACUGCCGGUCAGGAGAAGUUCGGUGGUCUGAGAGAUGGAUACUAUAUCAAUGGCCAGUGCGGUAUUAUCAUGUUUGAUGUUACCUCCCGUAUCACCUACAAGAAUGUCCCCAACUGGCACCGUGAUCUCGUCCGUGUCUGCGAGGGUAUCCCCAUCGUGCUGUGCGGCAACAAGGUCGACGUUAAGGAGCGUAAGGUGAAGGCCAAGACCAUCACCUUCCACCGCAAGAAGAACCUCCAGUACUACGAUAUCUCGGCGAAGUCGAACUACAACUUCGAGAAGCCUUUCCUCUGGCUUGCCCGGAAGUUGGUCGGCAACCCCCAGCUGGAAUUCGUUGCCGCCCCUGCUCUUGCUCCUCCCGAGGUGCAGGUCAACGCCGAGCUUAUGGAGCAGUACAAGAAAGAGAUGGACGCCGCCGCCGCCAUGCCUUUGCCCGACGAGGAGGACAACGACCUGUAAACAUGAGGUCAAUUGAUAGAUAGGGCCGGACAACCAUGAUGGCUGCGGACCCUCUCAACAUGUUGAGUUCGUUAUGCAAGUCUCGAAUUACGAUACAAUGAUAGCGGUCGGAGGACGGGCCUGAGGACGGCCGGGAUGAUUAUGCGUUUUCCAUAUAACUACUAGUAGCCUAGACUCUCCACAAAGUUCUUUUUUUUUGAAACGAUAACAUCGUUGACGGCAAAACAAAACACUCAUGUUCUGUGAUUGUUGGCUAUUUUAGGAUAGCCUAUUGAAAAACAAAAGCAUUCUCCUUCAGUCAAUUCACUGAGAGAGCGGAAAAGUCUCACUUAGGUUUAACUGAUAUAGACUAGGCGUGGUAUGUGUAGUAAUUAAAAGGGUGUGCAUAGACAUUUAUUAGCCAGUGCUAGUUGGCAAUGCGCUAGUAUUAGAUAUUAGCACUAGUCCAGUAUUAUUCCAAUGGAUUUAUAACACUCUAUGUAGAUACUAUAUGAACACUUUAUAUGAC